AUGCAUCGUUCAAAAAGCGCACUAACUUUGCUACAGCAACUAACCCGAUUAAGGGUAACAUCGAGCGGAACCACACUGGCAAGCCGAACGAUGCAAACGAUGAAUGUAACACAAGCAGCACACAGUCGACUGUUUUGGUCCGUUGAACGUACGACGCAAGGGAUCCAAUGGCGUACCUUUUCCACAGAGAAAGACACAGCACGUGUUGAGGAACCGACCGAGAAUGAGAAGAAGCUAACACUGGAACUGGAAGAGCUGCGUAAAGAGUCGGCCGAACUGACAGAGAAAGUUAAAUCAUUGGAUGAUAAAUACAAGCGCGCGUUGGCGGAGAGUGAAAACAUUCGACGACGGUUAACGAAACAGAUUGACGAUGCAAAACUGUUCGGAAUACAGGGCUUCUGCAAAGAUCUGCUGGAAGUGGCGGAUAUUUUGGGCCACGCGACGGAAGCUGUACCGAAGGAUGAGAUUUCAGAUAAGAAUCCUCACUUGAAAAAUCUCUUCGAGGGACUCUCCAUGACGCGGCAGCAGCUCAACAGUGUCUUCAAACGCCACGGGCUCGAACCAGUCAAUCCGAUGAAUGAAAAGUUCAAUCCCAAUCUGCACGAAGCACUGUUCCAGCAGGAGGUGGCAAAUGUGGAACCGAACACGGUCGUGGUGGUGAGCAAAAUCGGCUACAAGCUGCACGACCGUUGCAUACGUCCAGCGCUGGUCGGUGUUACGAAGGGUUGAUGGG